GCUGAAACAACCCGUUGUUCUCGCCCCCCACCCACCCCCCCGCCGCCCUGGCCAUUGUUCUCUCUUCGCCCGGGUCGCCGGUGGGAGGCGAGGAACGCUGGGGUUCUGCAGCCUGGCUGCGCGCCAGGCCCGCGGCCUUCGGCCCUGGGGCAGCGGGGCGGCCGCGCCUCGUCGGCUGUAGGGGAGAACUCCCGGGUGCCGCCUGGCCGCCCCGCGCUCCCGCCUCCAGCUCCGCCAUGGGCUCGAGCGGCUCCCACGCCACGGUCAUUCCCGACGGGGACAGCAUCCGGCGAGAGACGGGCUUCUCGCAGGCCAGUUUGCUCCGUCUGUACCACCGAUUCCGCGCCCUGGACAGGAACAAGAAAGGCUACCUGAGCCGCAUGGACCUCCAGCAGAUCGGGGCGCUGGCCGUGAACCCCCUGGGAGACCGUAUAAUUGACAGUUUCUUCCCGGAUGGGAGUCAGCGAGUGGACUUUUCAGGCUUCGUCAGGGUCCUGGCGCAUUUUCGGCCCGUAGAUGAAGAAGAAGCAGGAAUCCGAGACCCCAAGCAACCCGAACCCCUUAACAGCAGAAUGAACAAACUUCGCUUCGCAUUUCAGCUGUAUGACCUGGACAGAGAUGGGAAGAUCUCCAGGCACGAGAUGCUACAGGUGCUGCGGCUGAUGGUCGGGGUCCAGGUGACAGAGGAACAGCUGGAGAGCAUCGCCGAUCGCACAGUGCAGGAGGCUGACGAAGACGGGGACGGGGCCGUGUCCUUCCUGGAGUUCACCAAGUCCCUAGAGAAGAUGAACAUUGAGCAGAAAAUGAGCAUCCGGAUCCUCAAGUGAGCCCCUUGGAGCCCUUGGUCAGCUCCUGCAGCCCAGCGCCUGCUUGGGAUUCAGCCUCAACCCCAUGGAGGCAGGACCCCAAUAAACGACAUUCUCACGGCUGAACCGGACUCCGUGGAGGGACAAGGGGAGAAAGCCGGAAGGGCGUGUGCUAACGUUGAGCCCAAUCGGCCUCAGAUGUGUGACUCAACCAGCAGUCUUUUAGCUGCAAGUGACGGAAAACCCGGCUCAAAGCGUCUUGAGUAAUGACGUCACGUAAUUAAAAAGUCUGGAAACACUGGU